AUGGCUUAAGAAUCUAUUAGAUUAAUAGCAAAAUAACUGAAUAAAAACAAAUUUCUUGUAAAAUGUUUCUAAUUGAAACUAGAUUGCAAAACCUACUACUGAUGUGUUUUAAUGUGUCUAAGCAUUUAUUUUAUUAGUCAAAGGAGUUAAAACUAAAGAUUGGUUAUUAGCUUAAUUAUUAAUGAGCUGCAGUUUAAAUCAAAUGGUGGAAACAAUUAUAGAAAGAAAGAUUGAAUAUACUAAUUUAAUUCAAUGCAAGAAGCUAUUUCAUUUAAUACCCUAAUAAUAAAAUUCUUUAGGGAAAUUAGUAUAUUAAUUAGUAAGUUAAAGUAUAAAUUAUUUGGAAGAAGAUAGAAGCAAGUUUCAAAGAAGUAAGAGUACUUAAUUGAGAAAUGAGUAAAGUUAAUAUAGGAAUUGUUUUAAUAAAAUUGUUAAUUAUAAUAAAAAAGGUUCGCUUAUUAAAUGCAAAGAAGAUUUAAAUAAAAUUAUACAAAAUAGAAAAAUACUACAUGAUUAAAAAAUAAAAGAGGAUGAUCAAAAGAAAUUUGAAUUAUUAAAAGAAUAAAUGAAAAAAUUAAAUAAAAAUAGUUAUUUUAUGUCUCCUCGAAAAAUCUAAUAUGAUUAAUAAGAAUAACAUAUUCUAAGCAAUAACAAUUCAGAAAGGAAAUUAACUAAUAAUAAAUAAAUGAGAUCACUUAGAUCAUUUAGAUAAUCAUUUUAUGAAUGA